AUGAAAGGCAAACGGGUUAUAAUGCCAGCGAAACGUUCGGCAACGCUGGAGGAUUUUGAACUUGACGAGGCACUCUCGCCGAACCAAAUUCUGUUAAAAACGCACUAUAGUUUGAUUAGUCCCGGCACCGAGGGCGCAGGGUAUACUGGACUCGAAAGCGGAACUCGGUUCCCGCACGGCUCUGGCUAUACGGCGAUUGGUGAAGUUCUCAAAGUCGGUGAAAACGUGACCAAAUGUGUCGCGGGGGACCUCGCUUUCUACUAUGGUCCACACGCCUCUAUCGCCAAAGCUGAGGCAGUACUUUUAGCGUUUAAACCCCCUUUAGAAAUAGAUGAAAAACUGGUUCCGUUCGUCCGAAUGGCAACGGUCGCGAUGACAUCUCUGCGAGUAUCUUCUGCCGAAUUUGGAGAUGCCGUUGCUAUUAUUGGCUUGGGGUUGGUAGGCAACUCCGCAUCGCAACUUUUCAAUUUGGCUGGAAUGAAAGUUAUAAGUAUUGAGCGCGUCCCACGCCGUUUAGAGAUUGCACGGCGGUGUGGUAUUCAACACUUGAUUAAUCCAGAUGAAGAAGAUGCUCUGGAACGUGUUAUAGCGUUGACAAACGGCGAGAAAACCGCGGUCACUGUCGAAGCGAUCGGAAACCCACGACUCGUCGAAACGGCGUACCAAUUGACCGGGACCAAGGGAGAGGUCAUCUUACUGGGUUCACCGCGAGGCGAAUACAUCACCAAUGCAACCGAGAUUCUGAACUACAGCCACAGUAUCGGUUUGGGCGCGGUUACGCUUAGAAGUGCGCAUGAGUGGGUCUAUCCGACGAUGCACACUGGCGAGUCGAAACAUUCACUGGAACGUAACUCUCGUUUAGCCUAUUCACUCAUCUGUGAAGGCAAAUUCAAGGUAGAAGAAUUGCUGACGCACGUAAUUGACCCGGAAGCGGCGCAAUCUGCCUACGAUGGAUUGACGGAUCGCAAGGAUGAAUACUUGGGCGUCAUCAUGGACUGGACGUAG